CCCCGGUCGAGGAAGCGCGCCUGGCGGUCCGGGCCGUCCCGGCUCCAGGUGGGUGUGGUGUCAGCGGGCUGGCUGUAGGAGGAAGUGUUGGAAAGUCAGACCGGAAUGGCCGCGAGGGAAGGCCGGGCAGGGCCCGGCCCAGAUGGUUCCUGUUGAGGAAGCGGUGGGCACAGCUGCAGGCCGCUUCCCCGGCCCCCGGCCCUACUAUCACAGUGACACAGCUGGCUGCCCGGCCCGCGUGCACGGAGACCUCCCCCACCGGCGCCUCCCCAGGCCCGCCCUGCGUCACAUGAGCCCCUGCGGCCUCCCGCCCCCUCCCCAGGCCGGCGGGCACGGCUGCUGGAAGGCGUGGAGCUGUCUGGGGGACCGAGGCCGCCGGCUGCCGGAGAGCCGGGCCGGCCGCGGCCCUCUUCCCUCCCUCGAGGCCCCACGAGGUCAGGAAGGACGCUCACGUCGGCCCCCAGAGGGCUGCUCGCCUGUCGCCCGGCGCCAGGACUGCCUCCCGCCACCUCCGGUCCCAUGUCCCUGGCGUCCCCCUGUGCUGGAGAGCGUCGCCGCGUCCACCGGCUGCUCAGUGCCCCGGGGUCCCCAGGAAGGGCAGCCAGUAAUGAACGGCACCCACUCGCCGACGGCCGUCAACGGUGCGCCGUCCACACCCAGUGGCUUCAGCAAUGGCCCGGCCACCUCGUCCACCGCCUCCCUGUCCACGCAGCACCUGCCCCCGGCCUGCGGGGCGCGGCAGCUCAGCAAGCUAAAACGCUUCCUCACCACCCUGCAGCAGUUCGGCAGUGACAUCUCCCCGGAGAUCGGGGAGCGCGUGCGCACGCUGGUGCUGGGGCUCGUGAACUCCACGCUGACCAUCGAGGAGUUCCAUUCCAAGCUCCAAGAGGCCACCAACUUCCCUCUGCGUCCGUUCGUCAUCCCCUUCCUAAAGGCUAACCUUCCCCUGCUGCAGAGGGAGCUCCUGCACUGUGCCCGCCUGGCCAAGCAGACCCCCGCCCAGUACCUGGCCCAGCAUGAGCAGCUCCUGCUGGACGCCAACGCCUCCUCCCCCAUCGACUCCUCGGAGCUCCUUCUGGAGGUUAACGAGAACGGCAAGAGAAGGACGCCUGACCGGACCAAAGAGAAUGGGUCAGACCGUGACCCGCUGCACCCCGACCACGUCAGCAAACGGCCGUGCACCCUGAGCCCCGCCCAGCGCUACAGCCCCAGCCACGGGCCGCCCCAGCCCACGCCGCCGCCGCCGCCGCACUACCGCCUGGAGGACAUGGCCACGGCCCACCACUUCCGUGACCCCUACCGCCAUCACGAGCCCCGGGAGCUGCGGGAGCGCCACCGGCAGCUUGCGGUACACGGGUCCCGGCAGGAGGAAGUGAUCGACCACCGCCUCACAGAGCGGGAGUGGGCAGAGGAGUGGAAGCACCUGAACAACCUGCUGAACUGCAUCAUGGACAUGGCUGAGAAGACUCGACGGUCGCUCACCGUGCUGCGUCAGUGCCAAGAGGCCGACCGCGAGGAGAUCAACCACUGGAUCCGGCGCUACAGCGACACCGAGGACGCCAAGAAGGGCCCCGUGCCUGCCACCGCCCGGCCCCUCAACAGUUCCGUGGGUGCAGAGGGGUCUCCGCUAGACGCCCACCGGGAGUUCAUGCCCAGGACCCUCUCUGGCUACAUGCCCGAGGAGAUCUGGAGGAAGGCUGAAGAGGCUGUGAACGAGGUGAAACGGCAGGCGAUGUCGGAGCUGCAAAAGGCGGUGUCGGACGCGGAGCGAAAGGCCCACGAGCUCAUCAGCACAGAGCGCGCCAAGAUGGAGAGGGCCCUGGCAGAGGCCCGGCGGCAGGCCUCAGAAGACGCCCUGACUGUCAUCAACCAGCAGGAGGACUCCAGCGAGAGCUGCUGGAACUGCGGGCGCAAGGCCAGUGAGACCUGCAGCGGCUGCAACGCGGCGCGCUACUGCGGCUCCUUCUGCCAGCACAAGGACUGGGAGAAGCACCACCACGUGUGCGGCCAGAGCCUGCAGGGCCCCGUGGCCGCCGUGGCCGACCCGGGGCCUGGACAGCCCGACGCCACCGCCGGCCUGGGCCCCUGCCUGCCCACGGGCGCCGCCAGCCCCAGCGAGGCCAGCUCCGCGGGGCCCUCCCGCCCCGGCUCCCCCGGCCCGCCCGGACCCCUGGACGCCGCGCCCCGCUGA